CAGAUAUUCGUGGUCCGGUUGCUACUGACUGCGAUUCCAGUUGUUUUCACAUCCUCUCACUAAACAAAGAGACUCGGUAGCUGCUGCUUGGGCUCUUAACACAUCUCCUGGUAAAUGUGGCGAGUGAUGCGCAACUAAUUGACGCUCCUGAACAUCGAGGCAAGAGAUAAAGAGCAGAAAUACACCUUGCUCUCAAGAAGAUCAAUUAGUGGAGAGUUUGAAAAAGUUUCAGACGGACUUAAAGAGCGUAAAAGAGUGAAAAUGGUGUCAGCCGGACUGGAGAUUUUGGGACUAUCCUUGUGCGUAAUUGGCUCUCUAUUGGUGAUGGUUUCGUGCGGGCUGCCCAUGUGGAAGGUGACUGCUUUCAUCGAGGCCAACAUCGUGGUGGCUCAGACCAUCUGGGACGGCUUGUGGAUGUCCUGUGUGGUGCAGAGCACCGGGCAGAUGCAGUGCAAGGUGCACGACUCGGUGCUCGCCUUGAGCCACGACCUGCAGGCGGCCAGAGCGCUCACCAUCAUCUCCUCGGUGAUGGGCGUGCUGGGGCUCAUGGUGACGAUCGCCGGGGCGCAGUGCACCAACUGUAUCCGAGCAGAAUACGUCAAAGCUCGGGUGGUGAACGCAGGAGGAGUCGUGUACAUCAUUAGUGGUAUCUUCGUGUUAGUGCCUCUCUGCUGGAUGGCCAACAGCAUCAUCUCAGACUUUUACAACCCGCAGGUGCCCGGGUCCAAGAAGAGGGAGAUCGGCGCUGCGCUGUACAUCGGCUGGGCGGCCUCGGCGCUGCUGCUGAUCGGAGGCUCAAUGCUCUGCUGCUCCUGUCCGGCAAGCAGCAACUCUGGAUACUCGGUGAAAUACGCACCGACCAAGAGAGCCACGCCGAACGGAGGGGACUAUGAUAAGAGGAAUUAUGUGUAGUGGCUCAUGCAGCAGGUGGUGCGUAAAAAAUGACCUGCAGCUUUUUGAAAAACUGUUUUUUUUUUCAUGGACGUUAUCAUUGCACUUGCAUUUUUUUUUGUGUGUUUUUAUUUUAAGAAAUCUGAACUUUGAAAAAUCAAUGGAAGCACAUCUGCUGUUUUUACCCUUCAAUAUGCUCGGACCACAAAUUCACAAAUCCAAACUGUUUUUUUCCAUGGACGUUAUCUCUGCACCUGCAGUUUUUUUUUUGUUUGUGUUUUUUUAAAGAAAUCUGAACUAAAUUAUUCCUUAUUAUCAAAGGAAGCCUUACUUUUACAUAUUUCUGAGAUAAAUCUGUAAAGACUGCCUCAAAAUAAAGUGAAUAGCUUACUCUUAAAA